GUAAUGUAAGCAUUUUGGUUAUACAUGAGAGAGGAAGCAGGCAUGUCAGCUCUUUGUCCACCACCAUCUCCUGCAGUUGCUAAAACAGAGAUCUCUUUGAAUGGCGAGUCACCUUUAUUAGCUGCCACUUUUGCUUACUGGGACAAUAUUCUCGGCCCCCGAGUGCGGCAUAUCUGGGCCCCAAAGACAGAACAGGUACUUCUCAGUGAUGGUGAAAUAACUUUCCUUGCUAACCACACCCUGAAUGGAGAAAUACUUCGGAAUGCAGAAAGUGGUGCAAUAGAUGUGAAGUUCUUCGUCUUGGCAGAAAAAAGAGUAAUAAUUGUGUCCUUAAUCUUUGAUGGAAACUGGAAUGGAGACAGAAGCACAUAUGGACUAUCAAUUAUACUUCCACAAAGUGAACUUGGCUUCUACCUGCCACUUCACAGAGUGUGCGUGGAUAGACUAACACAUAUUAUAAGGAAAGGAAGAAUAUGGAUGCAUAAGGAGAGGCAAGAACAUUUCCAGAAGAUUGUCUUGGAAGGCACGGAGAGAAUGGAGGAUCAGGGCCAGAGCAUCAUUCCAAUGCUGACAGGAGAAGUCAUUCCUGUAAUGGAACUUCUUUCAUCUAUGAAAUCACACAGUGUUCCAGAAGAAAUAGAUAUAACUGACACAGUGCUAAAUGAUGAUGACAUUGGAGAUAGUUGUCAUGAAGGCUUUCUCCUCAAUGCAAUUAGUUCACACCUGCAGACCUGUGGUUGUUCUGUGGUUGUAGGAAGCAGCGCAGAAAAAGUUAAUAAGAUCGUGAGAACAUUGUGUCUGUUUCUUACACCGUCAGAGCGGAAGUGUUCCAGACUCUGUAGAAAUGAGUCUUCUUUCAAAUAUGAGUCAGGACUUUUUGUUCAAGGCUUACUCAAAGAUGCAACAGGAAGCUUUGUGUUGCCCUUCCGUCAAGUAAUGUAUGCCCCAUAUCCUACUACACAUAUAGAUGUAGAUGUCAAUACAGUGAAGCAAAUGCCCCCUUGCCAUGAACACAUCUAUAACCAACGACGAUACAUGAGAUCUGAACUGACAGCAUUUUGGAGAGCUAAUUCAGAUGAAGAAAUGUCUCAAGAUCGUAUUAUCCACACAGAUGAGAGUUUCACGCCUGAUUUAAAUGUCUUUCAAGAUAUCCUGCAUCGAGAUACGUUAGUAAAAGCCUUCCUGGAUCAGAUCUUUCAUCUGAAGCCUGGCUUGUCUCUAAGGAGUACUUUCCUUGCACAGUUUCUGCUAGUCCUUCACAGAAAAGCCUUAACUUUAAUAAAAUACAUAGAGGAUGACACGCAAAAAGGAAAAAAACCUUUCAAGUCUCUUCGUAGCUUAAAGAUAGAUCUUGAUUUAACAGCAGAGGGCGACCUUAACAUAAUAAUGGCUUUGGCUGAGAAGAUGAAACCAGGUCUGCAUUCCUUUAUCUUUGGGAGGCCGUUCUACACUAGUGUACAAGAACGUGAUAUGCUCAUGACAUUUUAA